UUUCUGGCUGCCAUGACAACGAGUCCCUGCCCCGCGCUCAGCUGCUACUCGGGCGGGACCCAGGCUGGACCGCGGGCCCCGGCCUGGGGGCCUCAGCUGCCACCGCCGCCACCACCUUGUCUCCUCCCCAUCCCCUCCCCGCGCCGCGUCUGUCCGUCUCACUCGGGCCCGUGGCCGGGGUCCCUCCCCGCCGUCCCACCCCGCGCGGAUGCCGAAGGUGAAGGCGCUGCAAUGCGCUCUGGCGCUGGAGAUCCGCUCUGUAACUUGUCCAGGAGUGGUGCUGAAAGACAAGGAGGACAUCUAUCUUAGCAUCUGUGUGUUUGGCCAAUACAAAAAGACACAAUGUGUCCCAGCCACUUUUCCACUGGUCUUCAAUGCCAGAAUGGUGUUUGAAAAGGUGUUUCCUGAUGCAGUUGACCCUGGAGAUGUGGUUGCACAGCUUGAAUAUGAUACAGCAGUGUUCGAGUUGAUACAACUAGUUCCACCAGUGGGUGAAACCCUGUCUACAUAUGAUGAAAAUACACGAGAUUUCAUGUUCCCGGGUCCAAACCAAAUUUCUGGACACCAUGAUUCAAACCGCCAAGUUACCAUGAGGAGGAUUUCUGGCCUUCGAGGAAUUGCUCCAAAGCUGGAAUUUUCUACAACUUCAGUUAUUACCGAAUGUCUGAUAAGUUCAAGGAAGUGCCGCACUCAGGAUAAAUUUAUGUACCAUUCAGCUCCAGUUGAAAAACCACACGGCAGACUGCAAAGCAGAACAUCAAGAUCACAAAAGAAAAAAUCCAAAUCACCUGAGAGAAGUAAAUAUUGCGUAAAUGCAAAAAACUACGAACAGCCUACAAUUUCUUCAAAAUCACACUCUCCAUCUCCCUACACAAAAAGACGGAUGUGUGAGCUAUCUGAAGACACCAGGCGGCGGCUGGCCCAUUUAAAUCUGGGACCCUAUGAAUUCAAAAAAGAAACAGAUAAACCUCCAUUUGUGAUUAGACAUGUUGAUCCCCCAAGUCCCAGGGCUGACACUUUAUUUGGAUCUUCUGGCAGAGACUGUGAAAGAGAUGGAUGGUCAAGGAUGCACAAUGAUCAUUCUCAUCUUGGCUGCUACCGACCCAAGGAUUAUAAGGUUAUCAGGACACCCCAUGGGAGAGACUUCGAUGACUCUUUGGAAAGAUGUGAAGAAUAUUUGAGCCCAAGAUCAUGUAGCAAGCCCCAACAUUCAGCGAGGACCUUACUAGUCCAUUCAGCACCCUCAACAAUGCCGAAGCAUUCUCCAAGUCCUGUGUUAAAUAGAGCUUCUCUCAGGGAAAGGUUCCAUUCUGAUUGGUGUUCACCUUCAAACUGCGAUGAGAUCCAUGACCGGGUAAAAAAUGUCUUGAAAUCACAUCAGGCUCACCAGAGACAUUUAUAUGAUGAGAGAGACCUAGAGAAAGAUGAUGAACUGGAACUGAAAAGAAGUCUUUUAUACAGAGACUCUGCCUAUGAUAGUGACCCCGAGUUAAGCUCAUAUCAGCGCUCACGUGGCACUCUCCAUAUGGAUGAUGGCGAAUACUGGUCCAACAGGGCAGCCUCUUAUAAGGGAAAAUCCCACCGACCCAUCUUUGAGAACAGCAUGGACAAGAUGUACAGGAACUUGUACAAAAAGGCCUGUAGUUCUGUUUCUCAUACACAGGAAAGCUUCUGAGACCAUCCACCAUAAACUGUAUGAGUGUUCGUGUCAGCUUUUAAUGAAAACGUUUGAUGUGAUCAA